AGGGGGGCGCGACUUAUUUGAUUUAUUUUACCCACUAUGGGCACGCUCAGCGCGCAAUUAGCACAUUUGUUUUACAUUGGUGAUGAGGCUUCAACCCCGAAUAUCAAGCAAUGGUCUCUCGACUUUCUAAAUUCCAAAGUCAUUCCCUGGGCGCAGCACGCAGACCUAAUAUGGCCAACAAUCGACACCAAUGACCAGGUCAAGGUUCUUGCUCAAGCACGGCAUACCUACGAGUUCAAAACACGACGAAUAUUAAGUGGCCAGAGCAAACUCAAUUGCAUAUACAGCGUCCUAGAAUCCGACUCAGACCGUAACUGCCAGUGCGCAAUCCUACAUUGCAUUAUAUGCAAUCCGCAUGCGCCAGACAUCGUGCGUGUUGCGGCAAUUCAUCAGCUCGCAAAUAGCAUACGAGAAUUGGCUGGCGCUCAUGUACUAGGAGCGUCGAGGGCGCAUGGCGCAGACACUACCAGUAUUGACGUGCUAAUUAGCGACCAAAUAACUCGACAUUUGCAGCCCCAGCGGUACUCUCGCACAAUCUCUGAUAUGAACAGUUUGCUUGCUCAUGGCUUGGUGCAGCUGUCAGUCGAGUUGCCGGAGGAUGCCGCCAGCUGCCAAUUGAAGCACAAGGUAGAGUUUUUAGCAGCUGCAAAGAAUUCAAAGACAAUUGGCCUCGGACUAGCGCUGCUUCAGACAAUGGGCGUGGCGACAAGUAGGUCUGUUUCUUUGAUUGUGCGCGAGAUAUUUUUAAACACAUGUGACGACGCGCAUGAUGCCCAGAACAGCGCCCUUUUUGCCGCCGCUUUUGGGGGUUUCAAAUACCAUCGUGCGGGUCACCAUGCUGCAUACAGCCCAAUGGCACUGCAACCAGUAGCUACAAUUAGCAAAGAGAAAUGGGAAUUGCUGCAACGGGCAGUCAUUGAAGAGUUGACCACGCACAUUUUCAUGUUACCCGACAACGAAAAAAAGGUUCGUCUUGUUAUUCCGCUGAACGCGUACUUACUUGCCGUGCUGGCCAGCCGCGACCAAGUCUUUAGACGGGAUUACAUUUUGCUGUUGGUGAACAUGAACAGCCGCAGCCAGGCGGCUGUUCUCAGAGAGUGCCUGUGUUUACAGGAUGGGGUUGCGCAGGACACAUAUGCCGGCUCCGAAGACGCUUUAGAUGCCCUUACCGACAAAUGGAAUUAUCUGUCGAACCAGCCUCAAUGCCGCUCCUUGGUUGCCGAAUUUUUGCGCGAUGAUCACAUCCGUUUUGAAAAUGAGAUGAGCGAUCUCAAAGCAAUAUCUGAUCAUCCAGUUUUCAAAAUUACCGCUGCAUUCUGGGAUUCUUUUUACCGGAAAUUGGCGUAAUAUAGAAAAAAUCGUAUGUUUAAUUUGCAAUACAUUAUUUGUUUC